AUGGAUUUCAAAACAGCAGCCGAAAAAGUUAAGACCCUUCCUCAUUGUUCGGAUGAUGACAAACUAGUGCUUUACGGCCUAUACAAGCAAGCUACCGUUGGCGAUGUUAACACCGGUAACGCGAUUCAUAUUGCUGGUAAGGCUAAGUGGGAUGCGUGGAGUUCUCGGAAAGGUUGGGUUUAUUCUUUUGUAAUGUGA